AUGUAUGAAUCACAGAUCUCGUUUACUCUCGACACGGUCUGUCCAUGGACAUAUCUUGCCAAACGGCGACUUGACAAGGCCCUCGCCGAGAUCCAGUCCUCAGAAAUGUUCUCAAAUGUGCACUUCACCUUAAAGUUCCUCCCCUAUCAGCUCUACCCAAAUUUCCCUUCCGGCGACGGAGAGGACAAGUAUGCCUGGUACAGAGAUGAGAAAUAUGGCGGCUCAGAAGAACGAAUGGGCAUGUAUACGCAACUCAUGAGCUCCUACGGAGAACCCAUCGGCAUCAAGUUCAAAUUCGGCGGGACCAUUGGCAAUACGUUGCACGCCCACCGUGUAGUGCAGUAUUUUCAGGAGCACAGCGGUGCCGAGACGGCAGAUAAAUUGAUUAACUCACUAUACCGAAUGUAUUUUGAAGAAGAGAAGCAUCCAAGCAAAACUGAAACAUUGGUUGCGGCUUGUAAGGAGGCAGGCAUCGACGAAGCAGAGGCCAGGAAGAUCGUGGAGGAUGAGACCGAGGGCUUGGCCGAUGUUAAGAGCGCUAUCAGAGAGUCUGGUCUGAACGGAAUAGACUCAGUACCUUAUAUUACAAUCGAAGGAAGGAAGCGGGAUAUUACACUCGUUGGUGCUAAGGAAGUUGAGCAAUAUGCCAAGGCUUUGCAGACUGUUGCGAAGGAAAGCAGUUGA